UUUUUUUUUUUUACAACGAUUCCAUAGUCGCUCCGCCUAAUUAGAGACAUUAUAUUACAAAACAAUUAUCAAUUAGAGUGGAAUAACGCCCUCCCUCUGCAGAUAUACGUACACGGGUCAGUUACCAUUGCUUAGAUAUAUCUAAGUUUUUAGUUGUGAACUUUGUAGUUAUUGUCGAUACUUCUAUAAAAAAAAACCAUUUUCAACAUAUUGAGUAAUCAUGCCUUAUCUCUACAUAGAUUUAUUUUAGUGGGAAAAUGACAACCGCUUAUUUGCAAUGGAAAUUCAACACGUUCAAUCUGUUAACUGAAAUUAGUAUUUAGAACAGAAAAAUAAAGUAAAACCCCAUACAUAAAUAUAAAAAAGUAACAAAUAAAUAAUUGAACAAAGAAUUCGAACACAUCCUUCUCUUUCGCAUCGCUUUCUCUCUCAGAAAUUUUAAGUUUUAAAUCCAUUCCAUGCCGGACAGAGUAGUUUAAUGAAGUCCUGGACUCUGCCGGGUCUGCACGCGCUUCCAGGAAAAAUUAAUUGUUGUCGCGUAGCACGGCGUUAUACAUAGCAACGUUCGAUCGGGCGCGCUAACAUUCCUGGACAACUUAAUUAAGAGCUCUUUAGAUACCAAAUGCCCUUCAACAAUUCUCACAAGUACUAUUGUGUGCCGAAUGGUGGGUGGCCGGGGUCGAUAGAUCGAUUGGCUUUAAAUUGCUUGAAAGGACCCCUCAACAUCUGUUUCGGUGAUAAAGACGCUGUUCGAAAACCAAUACGAUUGCAUACAUUUCUUUACGGACCAAAAAUUAAUGUGAUUCUUAUCAUCAAAGAAACAAUUAUCAGAGAUAUAUAGCAUUUUCGUCAAAAUAUAAAUGGUACUCUGCCUUCUAAACGCCUGAACGUUCUCUACUCUACAUGAAAGAUCGAUAAAGACACGAGAGUAAAUAUUGUUGUGGUGAAAUCGUUAACGAAGGCCGAUAUCUAAACAGUCAAAAAAUAUAGAUAUUCUAUAAAAGUAAAAUAUUGUACGUUAAUGGUAUCAUUACUUUCUUGUAUUGUGAUUUCGAACGGCGUGUGUGAGCGCGGGCUGGCUGCUGCCGUUUUCUCCCUCGCUCUCCGCGCUUGCUAAUGGAAUCGCCCGCAAUCAAUAUUCGUCUACAGAGACUCGGUACCAGUGUGGCUGUUGAAACAAGGAUCCAUAAUCACUUCGUAUUCCUCUCUUCAGCCGGUUCACCAGGACUUGUAGUGUUUGAAAAAGAAGCAAUUAUGGAUUUACUUAAUUCUAAAGAAAGAUUUCAUCCCGAUAGGCUGGCGGUACAACCAUCCAUGGAACAUGGGUAAGAGAAAGAAAACUCAGGUCGACAUUGUGAUGUGAAAGUGACGCAAUUCUGGCAAAUUUUACAGAAAGUUCAUUCGUUACUGUAUUGGAAUAUAUAUUUUUGAAUGUUAAAUUUAAUUUGAUUAAAAACCAUGACAACGAUAGACGAUAAUCGGGUCAUACUAAAUGUGGGCGGCAUCCGCCACGAGACUUACAAGGCGACCCUGAAGAAGAUCCCCGCCACACGGUUGUCCCGCUUGACAGAAGCCCUGGCCAAUUAUGACCCCAUCCUUAAUGAAUAUUUCUUCGACCGUCAUCCGGGAGUGUUCGCACAAAUUCUUAAUUACUAUAGGACCGGGAAGCUUCAUUAUCCCACGGAUGUUUGUGGCCCGCUUUUUGAAGAAGAGCUGGAGUUCUGGGGAUUGGAUUCAAACCAGGUAGAGCCCUGUUGCUGGAUGACAUACACCCAGCACAGGGACACCCAGGACGUGUUGGCCAUUCUAGACCGACUGGAUCUGGACACCGACAAGCCCACUGAGGAGGACAUCAUGAAGAAAUUCGGUUGGGAGGAGGAGUAUCGCUCGGGGGAGUUAAACUGCUGGCAGAGGAUCCAGCCCAAGAUCUGGGCGCUGUUUGACGAGCCCUACUCUUCCAACUCUGCCAAGGUCAUAGCCGUAAUAUCAGUAUUUUUCAUUGUGGUUUCUAUAUUAUCCUUCUGUUUGAAAACACAUCCCGAGAUGCGAGUUCCAGUGCUCAAGAAUACCACUUCGAACACUUCUGACGGGGAAUUGUCAUGGCGGUUAGAGAAAAAGAAAACUGAACCUCACCAGGCUUUCUUCUAUAUAGAGUGUGCAAGCAAUGCGUGGUUUACAUUUGAAAUAAUAAUUCGUUUGAUAGUUGCACCAAAUAAGUUAGAUUUUUUGAAAGCACCGGUGAACAUAAUUGACAUUAUUGCCACACUUUCAUUCUAUUUGGAUUUUAUGUUGACAAAGCUGAAACAAGAAAAUGACAUCCUGGAGUUCUUUAGUAUAAUUCGUAUCAUGCGACUGUGCAAAUUGACCCGUCACUCUGCGGGGCUGAAAAUUCUCAUCCAUACCUUUAAAGCGAGUGCAAAGGAACUCGUUCUACUGGUGUUUUUCCUAGUGUUAGGUAUUGUGAUUUUUGCCGCCCUGAUAUUUUAUGCGGAACGAAUUCAGUAUAACCCGGAUAAUGAUUUCACGUCAAUUCCGGUCGGACUGUGGUGGGCUAUAGUUACAAUGACAACAGUAGGCUAUGGCGACAUGGCACCGAAAACCUACGUUGGAAUGUUUGUUGGUGCUCUCUGUGCGUUAUUGGGUGUGCUGACGAUUGCACUUCCGGUACCAGUCAUCGUAAGCAACUUUGCCCUGUUUUAUUCCCAUACACAGGCGCGAUCCAAACUACCGAAGAAAAGGAGGCGUGUCCUUCCAGUGGAGCUGCCCCGCCCUAAGGGUCCCAAGGGAAUGGGCCCUGGAGGAGGCCCCCCUCCAAUCAACAGGCACAGGAACGCGAUAAAACACCCACCUGUGGGACAGCCGGACCACAAAAUUAACAGAAUGGACCAAGGUUGUACAAUACAGCAAUUGAUGCCCUUUCGUACAUAUCCAUAUGGGUAUUUCUUAGGCCGGGCUGGAGAGGAAUCGAUCCCGAUGUUGAUGAUAAAUCAUACUGAUAAAGAGGACACUACGGUACCUCGAUCCCGACCCCAAUCCAAUGUGGUAGACAAGAGUCCACCCCGCCUCGUGGAAAUAAGUUCUAAUCCCGGAACCCCUCUAAAAGUUACCGAAAUUAAGACAACUGAUGCCACAGGAAUCACGAGCUUGAUUAUGGCACCAAACGCCAAUUUGAACAGCACGCCGGUUGGGUCUAGUAAUUCUGUGACCCCCAAUACCGUCAGUCUGGGGGUCACUACAAACUCUGUUAUCAAUGCCAUCACCACUGGAUCUCCCCCAAACCAAGAAAAAACUGACUUAGUGAACAGUGCUCAUGUUGCGGAUGGUGUGGCCACGGACUCAUCUAAAAUUUCCAACUCCGCCACCGCCAACAACACGACCGAGUCGAGGCACUAUUCCCCCUCCACCUCUCCCCCCAAGUCCAACAAUCUAGUGGCCGUCAACACGUAACCCAGGCUUCGUGUCGCUAUGUCGUAAACUACAGUGACUUCCAGUCGAGCAAGACAUAUCGGAAAACAGAUUGUGAUAUCACGCCUGCUCUUCGAAACCGGAAGUGGGACUGUGUGACAGAGUUGGUAGUUAGAAUGUCGUCGUGUCCUGCUUCAGAUGACAAAGCGACACCUGGUGUUUAGGAUAGGAACACGUAGAAAUGAGAUGAUUUUUCCAAUCAACAUUUCUUAUACAAAAUUGAAUUCAUUCACUACCCGUGUCUGUGAUGUUUGUCCCUUUCACAUUAAUGUUGUCCCUUGUAAUUAUAUAGGUAAUUCACUACAUUAGUGGCAAUCAUUAAUUUUAACAAAACUAGGGUAAAAAUUAGUUAUACUCCAUUGUCAACGCGAAAACCAAAACUGACAUCUGAAUGUGCACGUUUUUAAAACUUUUGAAAAUCUAUUUUUCUUGUAUGUAUUGGACACAAAAUAGUUUGCAACGAACGCUAAGAAUACUAUUAGUGGUUUAAUAGUCACGUGGUUUGAUAGUCACGUGUUGAACGCUCUACAACGCAACCAUAAGAUAUUAUCUCUAGCUUCAGUAUUGUUGGAGUGCAGUGGAAAAGCAAUUUUGAAUUUUAAAAAUUUUAAAUCAAUAUUUUUCAUGUGUAUAUAGUUAGAUGACAGGAAUUCAGGGUUAAAAGAGACAUGAUUUAUGUCCAAGAUGUGUUACUACGCGGGAAAUGGAGGGGCACAGUUUGGGAAGCUCGGUUUUUCACUUGUUUAAAAACUCGUUCCAGGCAAAACAUAUAAUACAACUACAAACGUUUUAAACCGGACCAAUUUCCCCCCUUACAAAUUAUCGACCUUCGAACAUGCAGUAAAUAUUAGCAUUAGAUUUAACAAAUUAGAAAGGACAUAUUAAACAAUUAUUAUACAGCUUCGACACUCUUCGCACAACUUUCUAGUAUAGACCGUAUGAUUUUAGAAGCACUGAAUUAUGUACACAAUGGUGAAAAAUUAUUCCAACCUUGUCCUGGUUGGAGCAGACUUGAGUAUUGCCUAAUCAUGAAUUGACGCAAUAUUCCCGUUUCCAGUUUUAGUGAUUUUGCUGAGAUCCGCUGAUGUUUAAAUUUGCUGUUAAUUUUUUGUAGAAUUUAUUUUUCUUCUCCCCCAAGUGUUUAGAGUUUUCUGGGUUGUAGACCAGAAAACAGGACUUGUAAAGUUCUAUUUGUUAAGCAUACUUAUAUGAAUUGUGUGUGGUUCAUGUAUAUAUUUGUUUAUUAUUAUAUAUACACAGCGAAAUUUUAUUUUUCAUUUCCUCCUACAGAUCCAUUCAGACGUUCGAUAGUCUCAUUUUGUACAAACAAUGGUUAACACGAAUUUUAUGGACCACGCGUAGUUGCGUGUGUAGAACUAUCAAUAAAAUGAUUAAGUCAAAUUAGUGCGCUGACAUCAUUAUCAAAUUUUCGUAAAUGAGAAACCGAUGAAAACGAAAGUACACCUGCAUCGUGAUUCUAUAUCAACAUCUACCAAAUUUUGAUGGCUACCCACAGAUUAUUUUAACUUCACAAAAUAUAGAGAAAAUAGGUUAUGCCAAAAGUUUUCCAGAGUACGCUGUGCUGACCGUAUCCAUAGACAGGCUGGGGCCAGUCUAAAACUUGUACAAACAACUGAAAGACAAAAAGCUUCAUAUCAAUCUUUAUAAAUAAAAAGCAAUAAUUCUGAAACGAAAACAUGGACAUUCUCAGGAUCUAAUAUAUGUAUGUGUGCGACAGUCAAAUCUCGCACAGCCAGGCUGUUUAUAACGAUAUGUCCGACAGUCAAAUCUCGCACAGCCGGAGACCUCCAGCCUGUCUAUAACGAUAUGUCCGACAGUCAAAUCUCGCACAGCCGGACACAUCCAGCCUGUGUAUAACGAUAUGUCUGACAGUCAAAUCUCGCACAGCCCGACACCUCCAGCCUGUCUAUAACGAUAUGUCUGACCGUGUGACUGGUGGUGUUUGACAGCAAUAGAUAAAUGCAUGGACUCUCUGUAAAACUGGAAAUUCUCUCAUUGUUACAGAAACUACAGAAUGAUAAUAAAUCAUUGUAUUACUCCAA